AUGACAAGAGAAUCUCCCUACAAGGAGUCACUGAGGCUGCAGGGCUUGAAUGUCUUCCCCAAAGGAUGUGAAAUCGGAAAAGAAUCCCUACCCUUUUUAAGUUGGCACUGGUGUUCCUGGAUGCCUGGAGUAAAAGCUCUUCCCGGCCUGGAUCAGAAGAAGCGUGGCAGCCACAGAGCAUGCUGCCUCCUGACGCCCCCUCCACCCCCACUGUUCCCACCACCAUUCUUCAGAGGAGGCCGAAGCCUGCUUCUCUCCCCAGACAUGAAGAAUUUCAUCCUGGAACUGGAGACCACACAGUCCUCAUGUGUGCAAGGAUCACUCGGCUCCCCUGGGCCCCCUGGCCCCCAGGGUCCACCGGGACUUCCUGGCAAGAUAGGACCAAAGGGAGAAAAGGGGGAGCUUGGCCUACCAGGAAGAAAGGGUAGACCUGGCCCCCCGGGUGUUCCUGGCAUGCCUGGGCCAGUCGGCCCUGAAGGACCCAGGGGUGAAAAAGGUGACCUGGGUGUGAUGGGCUUGCCAGGGUCAAGAGGACCAAUGGGCUUCAAGGGCUACCCUGGAUCCAGAGGGGAAAAGGGAUCCAGAGGUGAAAGGGGUGACUUGGGUCCCAAAGGAGAAAAGGGUUUCCCGGGAUUUCCUGGAAUGUUGGGGCAGAAAGGUGAAAUGGGUCCAAAGGGUGAGCCUGGGAUAGCAGGACACAGGGGACCCAGAGGAAGACCAGGAAAACGAGGCAAGCAGGGGCAGAAGGGAGAUAGUGGAGUAAUGGGCCCACCAGGCAAGCCUGGGCCUUCUGGUCAACCUGGCCGUCCAGGUCCCCCAGGCCCCCCGGGCCCCCCAUCCGCAGGACAACUUGUGAUGGGACCCAAAGGGGACAGAGGAUUUCCCGGGCCUCCAGGAAGUUGUCUUUGUGGAACCCCUACGAAUGUGAAUAACCCCUCCUACAGGGAAUCCAUGUAUGGGUCCAGCUCCCCUCAUGUUCCUGUGAUUUUUGUGGUCAACAACCAGGAGGAGCUCGAGAGGCUGAACACCCAAAACGCCAUUGCCUUCCGCAAAGAUCAGAGAUCUCUGUACUUCAAGGACAGCCUUGGCUGGCUCCCCAUCCAGGUGACCCCUUUCCACCCUGUGGACUAUACUGUGGACCACCGUGGCUCCUGCGGGGAUGGAGUCCUGCAGCCCGGGGAGGAGUGUGAUGACGGAAAUGAUGACGUGGGUGACAGCUGCAUCAGCUGUCACCGGGCCUACUGUGGAGAUGGUCACCAGCACAAGGGAGUGGAGGACUGCGACGGCUCUGACUUUGGCCACCUGACCUGCGAGACCUAUCUCCCUGGGUCAUAUGGGGACCUGCAGUGCACCCCCUACUGCUACAUCGACUCCACGUCCUGCCGCUACUUCACGUGAAGGGCCUUUGCGGAGAAGGCAGGCUGCAUCCCACAGGAUCGGCAGCAGCUUUUCCACCCUCAUUAAAUUGACUUCACACCCCCCGGUCCGGUUUCCGUCACCUUCGUGUGACAAAAAUAAGGACGAGCUCUUGCUGCUAAGACAUGCUUUUAACUCGGUCCAACCGGAAGAACUUAGGACCACUGCACCCUGUCUUAAUCUGAGGUACCGGAGAACCUUCCACAUGCCCCUGCUGGGAACCGUUUUCCCAUUGCUGCCAUCCAGCCAAAUCGCCGACCUGCAGUGCCCUUUUUCUUCGGAAUGUUACCAACCCAGACCGUGGACUUGGCUCACAACUGUUACCUUCGCCUAGACCUGCAGGGCUUUUUGAAUUUGUCGUCAUCCCAUCUGGGUCAUGUGGUGGACAGGCCUCCCCACUCCUCUGACCUCCAGAAAUGUGGGCAUUCUCACCCGGGGCAGCCGGCCGUCAGGUCUCUCCAGGCCUGUGAACCACAAAGCAGGGAAAUGAACCCGCCUUCUUGGAGUGGCUCCAAGCUCUGCACCCGCUGAGGAACCCCUCAACUGGCCACAGCCCAGCACAGCCUCAUGUGGAUGCAGCUCCCCCAAGAAGGGACCCAACUGUGAAAAAGCCCUGAGAAAGCCACCAAACUGGUGCUCUGCCCCUGGGAGAGGGCGGAGGCCCAGAUGGGUGCUCAGCUUGUGAACAGAACAGUGGCCUUCCUGCUUCUCAGUGUUUCCCAAGAGGGUAGCUUCUAUAGUUUCACCAUCCCCAGCACCACCUUGACCUCGUGGCUCUCAGUACUUGGACCUCUGUCUUGUGAAUGCCCCUUAUGUCCAUCUCUUGUUCAGGAGAUUCACCACCAGAGGGUGUGACUUCCUGAGCCUACACUUGGGCAGGCUUUUGGUGUUUCCAGUCCUUAAGGAGAAUGCCACCCCGGGUCUCCCCAUGUGAGGCCCUACGACUGAAUACCUGUUCUAGGCAGAGACCAUUUCUGUCCUGAGCUCCAGCUCCUGGCUGCCUGCUGACUCCUGUGCACACCCUGUGACCUUCCCAUUGUGUCUCUGGAGUGCAGAGCCUUGCCCUCGUGUGCCUGAGCCCCUCGUGUUUCUGCAGGGUCGUUAGUCUGGCAUGACUGUGAGCUGCCUUGUACCACCAUCUUUCCUGAGUGGGGCUGAGCUUUGUUUUGGAAAGAUGUCUCCCCAGUGGCAGACCUCAAAUGGGAUUUCCUUAUUUGUUACCAGAUGGAGGGACGCUGUUGAGCUUUUGUACAGAGCACUUUAACGUGCCUGAGUCUUGGGGACUCAGCAGACAAGAGCUUCUGGCCCAGCGGGCCAUCACUAGUGGUCUGUAGCAGAUGGGAUCAACCUGAAGGUGAGGUCUUCAGAGAUGGGCUUCAGACAAGAGCUUCCGGCUCAGCGGGCUGUCACUAGCGGGUCUGUAGCAGAUGGGAUCAGCCCAAGGGUGAGGUCUUCGGAGAUGGGCACACUGGCCAGCUGGGUUCCCCCAGGCUCUACUGCACACCUUGGGGGUGAUGUUGCUCCCAUGAAAGCUGCACCUUCAUGCUGGGAUCUCCGGAUAUCAAGAAAUAUAAGCGGUUUGUUUCCCCA